GUUCAGAGCGGCCUGGUUGUGAGCACAGUCCCGAGCCACGGUGAACAGUCUCCUCUUCAGUCUCCUGAGCUCCUCGUGCAGCCCCUGUCUCUCCAGCCUCCCCGCUCUCACAACCGCCGUUUUUUUUCACCUGGUCUCCUCGUGCCUCCAUUUGAAGGCAGGCAGGUCAGAGGAAUGUGGUGGCAGGACGGUGCGCGGCGGACCCCCUCCACCCAGGGCCAACGACAUGUCUGGACAGGGGAGAAGCAGAGUGCAGCGGGGUCGGAGAAUUCAUUUAUUAUGUUUUCACUCUUGAACUACUUUGGUUUAUACUUUUGUUCAUUCUUCUUUCCAUACUCUCUCCCCCCCAGAACUCAGUGCCAACAGACACUCAAACAUCUAUUCUAGUCGCAGGCUGGUGAGACAAAGCUGUCUCUGUUGCACAGAGGAGUCCCCUCACAGCCGAGUAUCAACCUGGAACCUCUCCCUCUCUCUAAAAACUAUUAUUACAUGCCUCCAUUCUCUAUCUCGCUCUCUCCGUCCUCGUUUCUACCUCCCAUCACCUCUCUUUCCACCCCUCCACGUUAUAAAUAGUGGACUUUGGAGAGUUUUUGUUUCUUUCUCUCUCUUUCUCAGAAAUGCAUUUGAGGAUAAACAUGCGCACGUUUUGUUAUGAAGCUAAUGAAACUAAAUAGAUUUAGUUGUUUAAAAAAACCAAAAAAGUAUUUAAUUUUUUUGACGUAGUUUCAGCAACGUACGCUGUUGUUGAAGGAACGGACAGAGAGAAGCAGUCGGUGCAGAAGGAAUGUGUCUGCGGCCGGACAAAGGCAGGUCGGGAAUGAUAAUGCGGGUCCGAGAGAGCUGGGCUUAUCCCAACCGGCAGUAUGGAUUUCCUGCCUGCAGCCUCCUUUCAAUCACAUCUAACACAAUCACACACAUACAUACACAAGGUUCACGCAGCUGUUAUUACAGCGCCGGUACUAUCUGCGCACCGUGUGAUUGGUCGGUCUCGAGGCCUCGAAUGUCCUUGAGCCAACGGGGCCGCACUCCUCCAGUAGAUUGUUUGAGGCUGAAGUCAAGCUGUGUGUACAGUGUGUACAGUGUGUACAGUAGUCAGCGGCGAGUUGUGCCAUAAAUUACACACACACACACACACACACACACAAUGUGUGUCAAUUUAAAAAUGAACCAGUCAGCGUUUACUGCUGAUAUAACAUUAUUAUUAUUAACUUACUAUAACUGAACUGUUUCUUAACUAUCAGAUUGAAAAUGUGUUGAACAUCGUUUUUUUGUAACGGCUGCACUUCUGGGGAUUAUUCGUGUUUAUUAGUGCUGUAAAAAUACUAACGAAUGGCUGUAAUGCUAUCAUGUCCUUGUAAAAGAUGCCGUCUUCAGUGCUCAGCAACUAUAUUUGGGUUUAGACUUUUGAGCGUAUUCACCAUCGUAGGUUAUGAACUGUAUUAUUACUUUUGCGCCAUAAUUUAACUACCAGGUACAGUUUUGUGAUGAGUAGGGUGAAACGGUUACACGUUUGUCAGCGUGUUUGUCCUUUGAGGUUUUCUAUUCCUGUAUUUCAGGUUGCGUUAGACCUUCUGACCCGCGUUACCGUGACGACGACUGCUUUGACGUUGGAGUAUCCCAUCAACCUUAUGGUCUACGUGGAUCUUUACACUAAACCAAUGGCAAUGGCAGUUAGCCCUUUCACUUCUCCUUUAGCCGCGAAGCUAUUUCACAGGUUUUAAAUGAAUGGUUUUGGCAACUUUUGGGGUGAAUCAUUAUUAUUUGAUAUUUGCUGCCGACAUUAAUUUUCCCUUCUGCAUUUAGCUUUUCAUCUAGCGAGGUCAUCAGGUCAGGUCGACUGGGCUUUGUGGUGCGUGCUAGUUAGCUACCGUUAGCAUGCUAAACUAAGGGGAUGUGCAUGGUAAAUGCUAUUCAUGCUAAUCAUGUUAGCAUGCAGACGUUAGCAUUCGGCUCAAAGCCUCACUGACGGAUGGUUUUAGACUCCUCUUCAGUUUCAUACACUGGAUCCAAAAUGGGACAUACGAUUACUCUACCUAUAAACUUAUACUAGAUUCUAAAAAACAUGUUGUAUAUUGUGAUACAUUGAAAUAAUGUAACAUGAAAUGUAAUUAUUUGGGAUAUAUUGUAUCCAUAUUGCUUGUGAGGCAGCAAAGGGACUUGUUUUUCUGCAUCAUCAUCAUAAUUAUCAUACAUAACAAGAUCUUGUAUGUUACAUUAAAUUACAUUUAUUUAGCUUUUUUAAGUAUUUCUCUGUAAUCACGUGUUUGAGAGUAAACAGAACUCCAUGCGUGCAUUUGUCCUUUUUGCCUUUAUAACUUCUUCCACAACUUUCUCAAAUUGUUUGCAUGACCGAUCUGUCUCGCAGACAAAAAAGUACAACAAUUGUCGUGAUAGAUUGAGUUGAAUCUUUUUCCAGCAGGAGUAAGACCUGGAAAGCGAGUGCGCACGUUAACGUAGACAGCAAACAAACAAACAAACAAGCAAAUAAACAAACUGUAGAGCUAGAAAAGACGGAAGAGGAAAGAAGGUGAUAAAUUCCCCAGUCGGCUUUCAGUGUUCACUUUUCACUUGAAAUGUACAGACACUCUGCAGCUCCCUCACAGACGUACAGAGGGGCGGCUGUUGUCGAUUGUAUCGCCAUGGAAACAUUGAAACAUUUCAAUCUGUUAGGCAUGAGUGAGCUAAGUUAUGACUCAUUUUGACCCCUCCCAACACACCAGUGCACGCACACAGUAUGGAUUCACCCGACACACACACACACACACACACAUAAAAAAAACCUUUUUACGCGGAAAAAAAACUAUGAAUCAUUAUAUACUAAAAACCGGGCAAAGGUCAGAGUUUUUUUGUAAGAAAAAACAAACAAAAUGAAGCUUUUAGCUAUUUCUUACGAGGGGAAUCCACGAAUCUUUGCCGACGGAGACUCUACAGUUCUCCAUAAUGUUUGUUAGUGAUGUAGCGAGAGGCUGCCAUGUGAUCUACUUGAGGAACGAAGGCCAUUAAAGUUGCAGCGUAUGCGGACCGUACCGACAGCGAUGUCCUGAGAUCGAGUGCCAGAAUUAGCCCGAGGAAUCUCAACGGACAGGUAAUUUAGCUGCCUCAUCGCAGGAACUAAAAGGAGACCGUGACCCGCUAGCUGCGCUAAUAAUGGAUGGGGCAUUAUUAUUAUCACGCAUUGGAAUAAAAAAAAUAAAAAAGGCACCUUUUUGUCAGGAGGAUGUCAAUUGAGUCUCUGAUGAAAGCUUGAAACCAAGGAAAUGACCAUUAUUAUAUUCGUACUUGUGUAUAUUCAUACUUGCUUUCGGAACGAGGCAUUCAUAUGCAUCAUCUAGUGAAAUAUCAAUGCAAGUGAACAUUUACUUAUCUUAUUUAUUUUGAGGCACAUUACAGAUACAGUGGAAGAUACAGGGGGGUAACCUGUGCAGUUUAAAAGUAAUCACCAGAGGACGACUACUGGAACCAAUUAUUUUCAUUUGUAUAUUCACGAGAUGAAUAUAAAGUUAUGAAACGGACAGCCACGUCAUAUAUUGAGUGUACAAAUUAAGUUUUUUGUUCCAAUACACUAUAAUACAAUAUCGCACUGUACAUAAACUAUAGCUGACUGUGGUUAUAACAUUAUAUUGACAAUAUAAAGCAGCAUUCUCUCCGAGGCUUUCGGAUUAUUGAUCUUCAUCCCUACCUGCGGUUUCCACUGUAUUGCUAUUGAUAACGGGCUCCUCCAUUACCUUACAUAGAUUAUACCCUACGUUUCUGAAGUGUCAGGCAUGUUUCAGGCUGUUACACCUCUUCCUACAACUCCUGCUUCGUCUUCAUUACCCCAGUGGUUCUCCUCCACAUUCAAACCAGAUGAGCCAGUCCUGCGACUACCACACACACACACACACACACACACACACACACACACACACACACACACACACACACACACAGUGAUGUCAGCUUGUCUCGUCCCCACUACGGAGCAAUUUGGAACUCCCCUCAGAGUUCAGUGGUGGAGCUUGUUGUGUUGAGGUUGAGUACGACUGGACACGACUUAAAAGGCCCCUUGAGACUCAACCUCACCUGUCUGUCUGAUGGUGUGUGUGUGUGUGUGUGUGUGUGUGUGAUUGUUAAACAAGGGGUAUCGUGUUUCCACCUGCACAGUGACAGGAAAGAGCCACUUCCUCUUAUUUUGCAGGAAGAAAAAAGAAAAGGCCACUUUCCAACACUGGUUUCCCCUGGGAACUUUGUCCUCUUUAAGAUCUCUCUUUUGAACUUCAAGAGAACAAACUAAUCAUCACCUCUAGCUCUGUGAAAGCUACACAAGAGUUACGCCUUGUGUUUUGGCUCGUAACGAUCUCUCUAUGGAUACACAGAUCCAAGGUGUGUGUUUUUCUUUCCUAGCUGCCGUGAUGCUUAUUGAUCCAGGGGGUUUCCCCUCGCGAGGGAGACUGGGAUGACUGCACCCAAUGUAAGAAGCAGGGAGAAAAGCUCAAGUGAAGAGUCUCAACAUACUGAAGUGUUGUCCCAGGUGGGUGACAGACGGGGACAAACAGACACUGAGGAAGGCCAAAGAAGUGUUCAGAGAGGUUCAUCAAACCCUGGAGAGCACCGAGCUUUCAGAUCCCUUGACUUGAUUCCCCCGAACGAAGACGCGCUGACUCGGGUGGAGGCGUAGGGCCGUAGCUCCCAGGACGACCUCCAGGAUGUCCCGGAGGAGGUUCUACAGGCGACCUGGGUGCCCAGGGACAUCACUGAGAUCUUUAGCCCGGGAGGCGAGGGCUCAUCGUGGGCAGAAGAAGCCGGGUAGCUCCCUGGGACAGGCCUUCAGCUGGUUAAAGGGGAACAGGAGGAAGAAGAACCUUAACAAUGGGCUGAACCGAAUCGCUGUUGGUGCGACGGAUGCCAAACUGGGACUUCAGAAUCACGACUCUGCAAAAGCUGGCCCGAAAGGGAACGAAGACCAGAAGAGGUUGACGGUCCACUACCGGACCUCCCAGCACUACCAGGAGAAUGUUUUCAUUGAGGGCAGCAGGCCGCAGUACCUGGAGGACCUGCACACCGAGGCCCAGGAAGGGCUGAAGAUACUGCAGCAGGAAGAACACACGAACGGAGUGAACUUACCCGACGAUGAGAGCGCCGCUUCUACAGACACUCUGCGUCCGGAGCAGGACAUCAGCUCCAUGGACGGAGGUGGCUCUCAGGCGUCCAGAUCCACCGCCGAGAGCACCGAUACCACGGCGACCUCUGCUGUGUCGACCAGGCCUGCGCUCACCCGCCAAGGUUCAACAUUCAAGCCUCUGAAUCCAGUUAAAAGACUAGAUAAGAGCAGGAAGAGAAGCCGGAGGACUACCAUCAUGGGUAUUCCCAACCAGGUCCAGAAGGAGCUUGCAUUGCACAGAAGCUCAACCUUCCAGCAGCUUGUUUCUACCCAUGAUCACGAUGGAAAGCCCAGUGACGGCCAACCAGGUGUAGUUAUCAUUCCAACGGUUGAUGGAGGGACUCCAGUAGCAAAUAAUGAGGGAGCGAGGGUGCAUCUUUCAGAGCUGGAGGCACCCAGAGAGGACCAGCUGCUGAGGAAGCACCUCCAGGCAAUGUACCAAGACGAGCAGCCCUUCAACCACCAGGGCUUUGGCUCCUACCUCGGCCCCCCCACAACCAUGAGACCCAAGUCCCUUGCCGUACCUGGCAUCACCUCUUCCUCCUCCUUCUGUCCUUCAACAAUGUUUAGAUUCCUCCAGGAACACCAGGGUCCUGUGAUGUCCAUAUCUCCUCAGGCCACCUACUUGUCUACAAUCAUCCCCAAUGCGGUCUUGCCAGCCUCGGUUGAAGUCAUAGAAAUCGACCGCAGCAGCAGCCGGACGCGUGGCAGCAGUGUGAACCAAGGCUGUCACGUCCGCACUGUGAGCAAAAGCAGCCUUGCAUCCGGGGACUCAUCAGUCAGCCCUUUGUUGUCCAGAAGAUCCGACGGCGAUGGCUCCCAAACUGACAAUUCCCACGACGACUCCCCACUGAUGCCCUCAUCGGCUUCGGGGUUGAACUGGAGCGAGUCACAGUCUCCGAAGGCCAUCAUUUCGAACUCCUCCCCAGUAUCCUCCAAGGGUAGCACGCGGAGCGGUAACUCCCGGAGAGUGAGCCUGAAUGAGCGGGAAAGCCACACAGGGAGGUCCAGCGGGGACCAAGACCUCGUCAGUCUGCGUAGCUCAGUUAGCAGCUUCAGCAGUAAAAGGGAAACUGUUGUGACAGUUCAAGGAUCUAAGUCGGUUUCAGGGUCAGCGGCUGCUGGGGAAGACGAAAAGACCGAACAGAAUUUCACUCGCAGCAUGUCGGUUAUGAAGGCCAAGCAACCCCCGCCACCUCCACGGAGAACGAACUCUCUGCAUAGCAAUAAGAUCAGGAGCAACCCCAAGGUCCUGGUGGAUCUCAAUGACUCUGGAGAUGGGGCCACAGAAAGUAUUGCAGCAACAAAGAAUGAGGUGAAAUCAAUUAUUGCAGACACCAGUAAAAUCUCCACUCUUGUGUCAAACUCCACUGGGUCCAGCUGUCUGGAUGUUUCCUCCACACCCUUGAGCACCACACAAGCCGCCUCCACAGACCCUCAGCCAGAAUCCAGUAGCUCCUCCCCUCAGAAAACUCCCUCGGAAGAGGGGAAAUUUGAACGGACCAUGUCCCCUUCCAGUGGCUACUCAAGUCAGAGUGGCACUCCGACACUCUCCCCAAAAGGGAUCUCCCCAACUUCCCCCGACAAACAGAAGAAGAAACCUGUCAAACCAGAGAGAGCAGUGUCUCGGGCCUCAUCCUCAGCAGCUUCUCCCUCCUCCUCGCUUACCUCUUUAUCGUCUGGCACAUCUGAGCCUGUCCAUCCAGAUGUUUCCACGUGUAGCCCCAGUCUGCCUCCACAGGGAUCUCCAACCACUGCUGCUGCAAAAGACUUCACUCCGGAUAACAAUUCUUCGACUUUGGGAGCUGAAAUCAGAGAGCUGUUGAACAUUCCACCACCUCCUAAAGUCAAAGCGCCAUGUCCUCCUCCUCCGGAGACAUGGGUUCACAACAGACGCACCUUUCAGCUCCUGUGUGGGCCCUGCCCUAAUGUAAGCAAAGGGACCCAGCAACCAGCACGGAUACAAGACAGCACAGUUAAACAGGCGGGAACCCAGACCGACGCCAUCACGGAGAUGCAGGUUUUAGAGGACAAACAAUCAAGUGUCGACAAAUCUGUCUUAGAAUUGUCAGAGGGCAAAGUCAACCCCGAGACUUUGACAGAAACAGGUCCUAAUGGUGUUCACGAGAAGAUGGAGAAUAGGGAAUGUUCAAGUGCCGAAGAAGAAAGGAUGGAAUCAAGUGCAGACGUUCAGAAACAAGAGCGGAGUAGUAGCCCUGCAGCGAAGGACCCCAAGAGUCCAAAGAAAGAUCCUCCUCCUGUCAUGAAGAAACCCAUGACGGCCCUGAACAGAGAGGCGUCGUCAGCACAACACUCGCUGGACAGACAGCAAAAGAAAAUGAGCGUCAGUGACACGACAGAUGUGUGCUUCCAUGUUGAGAGCCACACAACCUCCACACAGCAUGGGGUUACCAUUGUAGUCGAUGAGAGCGAUGAUGUGAUGGAUAAAAGUGAGGUUGCGUCCAUGCAGACGCUUUCUGUGGAGAUCCCCAAAAUUAGCAAGGCAUCGCCACCACCUACUCCUCCCCCAGCAUACCACCCUACACCUCCUCCGUCAAGAAAGACACCUCCUUCAUCAGUGUCCACGCCACCAGACGAAUUACAGAGGGUACGGGAGGAGAUCCCUGUUGUAGAGUCCUGCUGGCCACCACCUCCGCCUCCUCUGGAAGGGGACUCUGUCUUUGAAGGAGGAGAUGAGGUGGACUUUCCUCCACCUCCUCCCCCCUUACUGACAGACAGCGUGCCAAAUGUGAUGGACAGUUGUAUCACAGAGCUGGAUGUCUCGAAAAGACCCACAGGGGCCGUUGGAGGGACAACUGAGGAUUCGAGUGACACUGGGACAUCUGUACGUGGACAAGUUCCAGAGUUGCCCCCUGCUGUUACUCAAACAAUAACUAACACCAAACCAGAGGUUGUCGUGCAAGUUUCAAAAGCUAAAACCGCCAAUGAGAUUUUGUGCAAACCAGUGACCAACUGUGUAACUGUUUCAGACAGUGUCCCAUCUCCCGCAGCGGUGGCAUCCCCUUUGCCACCCAUUACAAGAGCAGAGAACCCGGUAUCGGCCCCUGCUUUAGUUCCUCCUUCCUACAGUUUCCUGAAGCGGGACGCUCCCUCCGAGCCUCCCGUCAGUGCCCAAGCUCCAGUUGCUGUCCCAGCAGCACCCACUUUACCAGCAGACAGCUUCAACCAUGGGAUAAAUUUCAGAAGGCAGCCCAGCGUACCAAACCGAGACGCCAGGAGCAAGGAGCUGCUUUCCCGCCACAAAAGUGCACCCAUUCCUAAAGAGGAUGCUAACAUACCUCUAGUCACCCCCUCCCUGCUUCAGAUGGUUCGUCUCCGAUCAGUCAACAUGACCGAAGAUCAGGUGAGAGCUCCAUCGGAGGACAAGUCAACGGACUGGGGAGGUUCAGUUCAGGAGACCUGCUCAGUCUCAAUCCCAGGACCUCAAAACGUUCCACAGAAGCCCAUCCGCAAGUCUCUGUCACUGAAAUCUCCCCCUCAGACAGUAAAGACAUCCCCUGUGGUGCUGAACACCCCUUCCAUGCGCUUACAGGAAGCCAUACGGAUAAAAACGGCAGCCAUGUCUUCUAGAGACGGUCUUCCAUCCCGACUGGGUGUGAGAUCCUCCGCCUACAGCUCUGUCGGCGUCCCUGAGGGAUGCGACCUGCACAAGUCGCCGGCCUCUACCGCCAGCUUUAUCUUCUCGAGGAGCACAAAACGGGUCGUCUUCGAGACUGCGGCUGCCUCCUCCCCUGAAGCUCAGCAAAGUCUGAAGCGAAGCUUGGCGGCCGAGCUCGUGCAGGUGUCUGACCAAUCAAAUUGCACCGCUUUCUCCAAUGGCGGCGUGAAGUUGGACAAAGUUCCUCCGCCGGUAGCAAAGAAACCGGCCAACGGUCCUUCGCAGAAUCUUCCCGCUGUCGAGACAACACCUCCCGAGACGACGACUACACGAGUGACGGCGGACACAAUUGAAACCCUGUUUUGAAAGAGCGUUGGACUCGGCUCACGCCAAGAGGUUGAAUAAAGACUUCAAGCAAAAGAACAACUCUCAGCAGGGAGCGACAUUACCGAGAGACGUUUAACUCGACUAUCAAGUGUUGUGUGUUAAAGUCUUCUCCAAAAAGCCUUAGCCUGUAAUGGCCUUCCUACAUAUUUAUGCAAGAAAAAGUGUCGCUCCCAAUUUCAUACAAUAGCUUUAUUCUGGAGUAUUUUUCUAAUCUAUAGUUUAUCUCUCAUUGUGGCCCCUCAGGAUGAAAUGGUGUACAUUACAUUGGCUGAACUGUACAUAUUUGGCUUGUGUGAGAUCGUCUCCCAGAGGUAGAAAUAGGUAGUGGUCACUGCAGCUCAGAGACAAAGCAUUUCUGUACAGAGGUUUCCUGUCUGUUACGUCUUUUUCCUCUUCUUCUUCUUCUCUUUGUUGUAAUAUAAUACACGUUUAAGAAGAAAAAUGGCUUCCACUACGGGGCGAAAACAGCAUUUCAUCACCUUCUUGGCUUAAAGAUGCUUUUCACCGCGUGGAUGGACAUGUCUGGAAUAGCGUGUGAGGAAAAAAGGGAUGCGGCACACUCACAAGGAGAGGGAGGCCGAUAAAGAAUUAAGAGCUAACGCUGUAUAGCUAACGCGGGAAAGCUAACGCUGAAUAGCUAACGCGGGAAAGCGGCCGACCGCUCGGCGCUCUGACACAAUCCCUUCUUGAGGUUUGGUAACGAGACAUUCUGAGAAAUCUUCGAGCACAACAGCGACACAUGCAUCCUAUUUAUUUAUGUGUGGUAGUUUCCACUUGUAGCACUGUCGGUCACCUUUUCCUACCAAAUAUGAAAUAUUUAAGAGUGUUUCACCCGAUAAACCACUCUGUAGGGCGGCGGAUGUGAUCGGCCCCGGAUGAUACACUGGAGUAGAUUUAUUAUGAGGUCGGCGUGUUUUUUUUUUUUUUUUUUAAUUAAAUGUUCUGCGUCUUAAAACUUUUAGCCCAAAACCUUUUUUUUCAGUGGCAAAUCCAGCUCAUCACUAUUUGCACAAAAUGCUUUUUCCCCAGCAAAAAAAAAUAAAUCAUCGGUGAGUGAAUCAUACCGACUCUUUCGUAACGGGUCACAAAUGUACGUCUUGAUGAUUCUAAAGAAUUGUGUACAGUUAUUACUUCUA